AUGACUUUUGAUAUCUCGAAGAUUAUCAGGCCGAAUAUCUUGACACUAGAGCCGUAUAGGUGUGCCAGAGAUGACUUUCAAGAGGGUAUUCUUUUAGAUGCCAAUGAAAAUACCUAUGGACCGGGGCUUGAUAGACUCAGUACGACCGAGAAAGCCUUGAACUUGAAUCGAUACCCGGAUCCUCAUCAAAUUGAGUUGAAAAAAAAAAUCUGUGCGUACAGAAAUUCUCAGGCAUUGAAGCCUGAAAGCCUCAUCAAGGUUCCUUCUGGUCAAGAGUUGACUGCAGACAAUUUGUGUUUGGGAGUUGGCUCCGACGAAAGUAUUGAUGCACUCAUCCGUGCCAGCGUUAAACCUGGAGCCGAAAAGGUGAUGCUCUGUCCUCCAACGUAUGGAAUGUAUAGUAUCUGCUGCGUAGUUAACGAUGUCGAAAUUGUUCAAGUGCCGCUAAAUCUUGAUACUUUCCAAAUCCAGCCUGAUAAGAUUCUCGAACAAUUGCGCAGAGAUCCGGCCAUUAAACUAGUCUACAUUACCUCUCCUGGUAAUCCUACAGCUACUUUGAUUAAGCAGGACUUGCUUCUAGAAGUGUUAAGAGGAAUUGAGCGUCUCUCUUGGAAUGGGUUUCUUCUUCUCGAUGAGGCAUAUAUCGAUUUCUCGCCCAUUGGAUCUUCCAUGUGUGUUCUUGUCAACAAAUACAAAAAUUUGGUGGUUAUGCAGACCUUCUCCAAAGCUUUUGGUUUGGCUGGUAUCAGGUUGGGAAUCACGUAUUCUACGCCCGAGCUCUCGUCUUUAUUGAACGCAAUGAAGUAUCCUUACAAUGUUAGUAAUAUUACAAGUAGCAUUGCGUUGAGAGCUACAAAUUUAUCGUCUUUGAAGAAAAUGAGAGCCACUGUCGAUGUCAUUGUUGAACAGAGGUCUUUGGUUUUGGAACAAAUUCUUAAGCUCAAAGGCGUGGGAAGAAAUAUCGGUGGAACCAAUUCAAACUUCAUUCUAAUUGAAUUGUUGAAUAGGCAAGGUGUGGCGGAUAAUGCUGUGGCUCGUGAAGUGUACUCGAAGCUAGCUACUGAGAGGCAGGUUGUUGUCAGAUUUCGUGGUAAUGAAUUAGGAUGUAAGGGAUGUCUCAGAAUUACUAUUGGUACUCCUGAAGAAAACAGGAAGUUGUUAGAGCAGUUUGAACAGGUUUUAAAUGAAGUCUACGAAAAGUCUUAA